UUUUACCACUAGUUUCGAUUUUUUUUCAAAUUGAAAUAAUAAAGAAAUUAACUUUACGUAAAUAUAUGACGAAAUGAAAAUUUCUGUACUUUUGAUAUUAUUAAUGUGUAUAAAAAUAAGUUUAAGUAGUUACGCACAUUAUUUAUCGUGCUCCAAUACUCGUUAUUUUCUAAACUUUUUUAACCACAAUGAAAGAUUUUUGUUAGAAUUUGAAAAAAAUGAAAAUUAUCUUACAAUAGAAAAUCUUAUGAACUAUGGCAAGGCACUUCAAACACAUAGUAAAGUAAUUCUGAUAUUUUUGGAUGACUAUAUGAACAGUACUACAGAUAAGUAUCCCUUUAGUUUGAUCACAGUAAAUAUGUACUUAAAUAACGUUUCUGGAUCAUUAAAUAUGAUUGCACAAAAUGAUGAUGACAAAAAUGAUACUCAAAAAUUAUUAGAAGGCUAUAAGAUUAUUCAUUUCGCAAUUAAAGAACAACUAAGAAAUUACAUAAAUGAAUAUUGUGCAAACACAAUAUUUUAUGAAAAUAUGGUUCGUUGCAAUCCUUUUAUUGUUAAAAACGAAUAUACUAUUUCUAAUCUAGUAAUUACAAAUAAUGGUCUAAAGUUUGAAAUGCUGUCGAAGUUUAAGUUAACAGUACAAAGAAAUUCAUACAAUAAUUUUCAUCCGAAAUAUUUGUUGUUUUACGAUAUAAUGACCCAACAGAUUCUCAGCAACAAAAAUAAUACUAUAAAAAUAGAUAAUAGUCAACACAUUGUAUUAAAUUUACUUCGAUUCACUCCACUUAAUAUUAAAUGCUUCGACGGUACUCCUUUAACUAUUCAAGAUGUAUUUGAGUAUAUGAAAUAUGAUUUCAAUUCUGAGGAUGUUUUAGCAUAUAUAAAUCUGGUAAUUUCGGCUACAUUUCGUCCAAUAGCUAUUUUAAUUCGAAACUUUAUAACCUUAAUUCAAGUUGCAUCUUCAGAGAAAUCAGAUUGUGUAAAAUUUUGGUUAAAACCCAUGUUUAUUGAAAUGGGUCAAAAAAUAAUAAGUUAUAUAGAAGAAUUUAUUUCUCUUAACUUAUUCAAUUUUAGUCAGAAAUUUCUAAUAAACGUCUUAAAUGGUUUUAUUCAAAUUCUAAAAGACUAUAAUGAUAAUAUAUAUACUUUUAAAUCAGAUUAUAAAAUUAAUAAUUUAUUAAUUAAAAAACUUUCGCAUUUUUUCUUCAAAAACAAACUGUACUUUACUAGUGAAAUUGUUUUAACCAAUAAAUAUAUUACUGAAAAUAAUGCUGAUGCCAUUAAAAUUCAAUUAAAAAAAUACAUGGAAAAAGUUGUUAGCUAUCUGGUUGAAUUGAAAAUAUGGAAUAACUAUUUUAAUUUUAUUUUCUUAAAUUUUAAGAUUCAGUCUUUCAAUGUUUCAAAGUAUAAGAUAUUUAUUAAUUUUAAAGUUUUAGAUCGUAUUUGUAAUACUGAAUCACAUAUUGAAAUACAAAAUGCUAGUAUGAAUGAUAGCAAUAAAAUUGAUAUAGAAUACUUUAAAGAUAAGGAAGAUUUGAAAGAUAUUGCAGAUAUCAACUUAAAGGAUCUAAAAGACGACCUUAGUGAAAAUGAUACUGAUACAAAUAAUUUCCUUGAAAAUCAGUCAACUUAUAAACCUUUUUAUAUGAUUGAUUAUUGGCCAUACAACGUGUAAAACGAAAGAUGUCCCUAAUUUUUCAUCAAGAAUAGACACGCCAUCAUGUAGCCAUUCAUUCUCAGAUUUGCAAUCAAACGAAAAAGAAAUAUUAAAAUCGGACCCGGAGCAAAUUAUUGAAGAGAAUGAUAUUAGCUAUUGUUUUGGUAAAAAUAAUAUACUUGAUGAAAUAAAAUUUAAAUUAUUAACUGCUCCUUGGACACCAGAUGAAAAUUAUAAAUUUCCAAUUUCUAAAAAUUUGGAAAAAAAUUAAAAGUUUCAAAUAGGAUGGAUUAAACGUUUUCCUUGGGUUGUUUAUUCAAAAAUUGGUGAACAAGGUGCAGUUUGUAAAUAUUGUGCGAUAUUUGGUCACAAAUUUGGUGACAAAGGUGGUCAUCAAAAACUAAUAAAUUAGUUGUAAAACCAUUUAAUAACUGGAAUAAUGCUAUUGAGAAUUUUAAUGAACACUGUCAAACUGAAUUUCACAAAUGUAAUGCUAUGCGUCCAAAUAAUUUUAUUGAUAUUUAUUCCAAAAAGAGUCCAAAUAUCCUUCAAAAAUUAGAUUCGGCUCGUUCUAUUCAAAUUGAUCAAAAUAGAAAAAGAUUAAUUCCUAUUAUUCAAACAAUUAUUCUUUGCGGUCGUCAAGGAGAAAUAUCAUUACGUGGUACUGACGACUAUGGUCCUCUUUCUUUAAAUAAUUCUGAACCUCAUUAUAAUGAUGGAAAUUUCCGAGCAUUAUUAAGAAUGCGUAUUUCGUGUAGAGAUAAAAAUCUAACGCAUCACAUUGACAAUCAAAAGUUAAAUGCUACCUAUAUAAGUCCUAUAAUUCAAAAUAAUUUUGUCAACAUAUGUGGAAAAAUUAUACAAGAUCAGUUAGCUUACAAAAUCAACCAAGCAAAAUGUUUUUCCGUAUUAGUCGACGAAACAACUGACAUAUCACGUAUUGAACAGCUUUCUUUGUGUAUACGUUACUUGGAGAGUAAUUUAAAUGUUGAAAAAGAUCAAACAAUUAAUUAUGUCGUGAAAGAAGAUUUUUUACAAUUUGUUCCAGUACACUCUACCACUGGUCAAAAUUUGGCCACUGUAAUUUUAGAUAAUUUAAAAAAUCUCGGUAUAAACUGUGACUAUUUACUUGGUCAAGGUUAUGAUGGCGCGGUGGCCAUGAGUGGAAAUUUCAAAGGCGUACAGUCUAUAAUAAUAAAAACACAUCCUGCUGCACUUUAUGUUCACUGCAGCAUACAUUCUCUAAAUUUGGCACUUGCUCAUUCAUCAAACACACGCCAUAUCCGUAAUUGUAUAGGAACAAUAAAGGCUGUGGGAAAUUUUAUUAAAAUAUCGGCAACGCGAACUGAAUUAUUGAAAAAUAAAAUAAAAGAAUUUCUCCCUCUGACUAAAUGGACAAAAUUAACUUCCAUGUGUGAGACUAGAUGGGUUGAAAACCACGACGGUAUGCUAAGAUUUUCAGAAAUAUUUAAACCUAUUGUUAUAACAUUAGAAGAGCUACAAUUAUUUACAGACAUUGAAACUUCGUCUAAAGCAUUACAGUUGUAUAAGUGCAUAACAACAAGUGAAUUUAUUAUUAGUUUGACAACUGCGACAACUUCCUUUCUAUUACUUUGCCAUUGUGUUAAACAUUGCAGUCGAUAAAAUGUGAUUUGAAUGAAGCAUUAGAACAUGUUGAAACAGUCUUAAAUGAAGUAAAAGAUACGCGAAAAAACAUUAAUGUACAUCUUAAAAAAAAAUUUAGUAAAUCAGAAAAAAUUAAAAUCCCUAGAAUUGUAAGUCGUCAAAAAAUAGAAUUUAUAUUGAUACCGAAAUUCCUGAGGACUAUUUUCGUUUAUCUAUAGCCAUUCCUUUUUAUGAUGAUUUUGUUAGUCAACUUGAAGAAAGAUUUUCAAAACACAAAACAAUUUUAUCCUCUUUGUAUUUAUUAAUUCCCAAAAGACAUUUUUACGAAAUUCUACUAGGCAAGAGAGAUUAACUGGACUUGCAUUAUUAAGUGUCUACAGAAACAUUUCAGUGGAUCCAAAAGAAGUUCUUAACAAAUUUGCACUUCAAAAAGAAAGAAAUAUAUUAUUAGUUUAACAUUUAGUAUAUUUGCCCAUCCAUGUUUUAUUUUAUUUUUAUAUUUUGUCAAUACUUAAUAUUAACAGAAUUAAAAGUCGACUAUCAGUUAUUGAGUGCAAAGGCGCAUAUUUUGAUUAUUUAAUUAAAUUUAUCAAAAAAUAAUUAUUUUUGUUUUAGUCAUACUUUUAACCAAAUGAUAAAAUC